AUGGUAGCUUCCAUACAUCCUGUAAACUCUGACGACCAAGAUGACAACCCUCACCAAGCAGUCAAAUCAGAAACAGACUCAGUUUUAUCCGAUCACACCUCUUCCUUCAAUGCUCAAUCCAUCAAAUUCUGCCUAAUCUUCCUAAUUAGUGGACUAGUUAUCUUGAGUGUUCUCGUCCUCUCUGGCACAUGGUUAGCAAGUUUUGCUCCAGCCAUUACAAAAUCAUCCAAUGCUGAAAGAGAUUCCGAAUUGAAAUCAAUCAUUAAUUAUAUUGAAACAACUUUUAAAGAAUUGGUCAUGUCUUCGGUGAAUAUUAAACAGCAAAUGGUUGGGGAUGGGAUUGAUCCGUAUGAUGAGAAGGUGACUCGACAAAAGACAUUUAGUGGAUAUAAGAGUGUUAAGAAAAAUCAUGAUGGAAUGAUAAUAUCGAGCUAUGUUGGUGAUCCAAACAAUUACUGUUUUGGAACAAUCAAUUGGGGCAAUGGCUCUGCAAUCUUUAACAUUACCAAAGUUGACCAAAAAAUUUACUAUUGCGACAAUUGGGAAGAAACACUUUUUUGUAAUUCAAGUUCAACUCCAGAUGAGAUUGCAGCUUCUUUUGAUUUAAGUGUCAUUAUCGCUCAAUGCAAGGACACGCCAACUGUCAUUUCCUACACGCCAAGUUAUGCUGACCCAGCCAUGCCUCAAUAUGUCUUUAUUUCAUUGAUUAAUUGUGUGGCUAAUCCAGUUACCAACAAAUUUUGGUAUUAUUACGGAAAUGAUUUGACUACGGGUUCAAUUUCUGAAUUUUUACAAAAGAAAGUUGAAACUUUGGAAGGAUCGAGAAGUUUCAUUGUCGAAACUUCGUCUGAUUAUUUGAUUGCAGUUGAUAAUUCAGUGUCUAUUUCAAGAUGGGGAAGUGAUGGUGCAUUGGUGAGAGAAACAGCUCUUACUGUAUCAGAUUCGUCUAUUAAUUCGAUUACUGCCACUACACGAAACUUUCAUCAAAAAUGGAAAGAUUUCAAAUGCAAUGAAAUCGAAGUUUCAACCUCAUCAACAGAUUACAUCUCUAUACAAACAUUGAUUGGAUCAUUGUCUUGUCCAUUCCUCAAUGGAAAUACAUUGGAUCAACAAUCAUUGCUGUCAUCACUUCCUUAAUUGGAAGUUUACUAAUCGUAACUAUUGGAAUCGUAUUGGGAAUUGUUGUGUCCAUAAAGAUUGUUAAGCCAUUCAGAAAUUUGAUGGAUCUAUUCGAAAGUGUGGCCAAUAUGGAUUUGGAUAACAUUGAAGUGAUUCCAAGUUAUUUC